AUGGAGUUCCAGCUCAGCACAGAAGACGCAGCGUUCCAGAGUAACCUGCAACAGUUUAUCGCCGACGAAUACGUCCCGGAAUGGGAAUUGGGAGAACGGGCCUCCACCGAGGAAAAUUGGCAGCGGACCCUGGACGUGCGGCGCAAGCUGGCUGACCAUGGGUGGCUGACCAUGCACUGGCCGGAAGAGUACGGAGGCCAGAAGGCAUCCCCAGUUCGUACGGCCAUCUUCAACGAAGCGAUGACAUACCAUCGUGCUCCGGGGCGAGACAACUUCGGCGUCAGGAUGAUGGGCGCGACGUUGAUGAUCCACGGUACCGACGAUCAGAAAGCCGAGCACCUGCCGCCCGUAGCCAAGGGCGAGGUCCAGUGGUGUCAGGGUUACAGCGAGCCGGAAUCGGGCUCCGACCUGGCAUCGUUGAGCACGCGCGCCAUCCGAGAUGGUGACGAGUUCGUGGUCAACGGCAGCAAGAUCUGGACAUCCAUGGGUCACCGGGGCGACUGGAUUAUGCUGUUGACCCGGACCGACACCGAUGCGCCCAAACACCGGGGAAUCAGCUUCUUCCUGGUUGAUAUGAAAACGCCCGGGAUCGAGGUCCGACCGAUCAUCAACAUGGGCGGCCGGCACGAGUUCAACCAGGUGAUCUUCGAUAACGUUCGAGUUCCAGCGCGGAACAUCGUAGGAGAGGAGAAUCGUGGUUGGUACGUUGCGGUGACGUUGCUGGACUUUGAGCGGUCGGGCAUAGAUUACUCAGCGGCGGCCCGGCGUCAUCUCGACGAUACGCGCCAGUGGGCGGACGGCGUCAGCAGGAACGGCAAGCCCCUCAGCCAGGAACCGUGGGUGCGUAACGUGCUGGCGGACCGGUAUAUCGAGUGCGAGGUGGCACGACUGAUCGCGUACAACGUGGCCUGGAUGCAGGGCGAGGGGCUGGUGCCCAACAAGGAAGCCUCAAUGUCCAAGGUGUUCGGCAGCGAGACGGUGCAGCGAACCACGGCUUCCUGCCUGGAGGUCAUGGGGAUGUACGGCGGUUUGCGGGACGACAAAUGGACGCCGAUGGAAGCGGAUAUGCAGGAGCACUGGCUCCGCGCGUUCUCCCACACCAUUGCCGCCGGCACCAGCGAGGUCCAACGCAAUAUCAUCGCAUCCCGCGGACUGGGCCUCCCCCGAGGUUAG